AGUUGGAGAGAGGCAGGGAAUCGGCUGGGUAGUGUGCUGAGACGCACCUGGCGUAACCCUCUCCUUUCUGAAUCCGAGUCCAGGUCCCGCGGAGGCUGCAGCCAUGAAGGAGAGACGGGCCCCCCAGCCAGUCGUGGCUAGAUGUAAGCUCGUUCUGGUGGGGGAUGUGCAGUGUGGGAAGACAGCAAUGUUACAGGUGUUGGCGAAGGACUGCUAUCCCGAGACGUAUGUGCCCACUGUGUUUGAGAAUUACACAGCCUGCUUGGAGACAGAGGAACAGAGAGUGGAGCUCAGUCUCUGGGACACUUCAGGGUCUCCCUACUAUGACAAUGUCCGUCCACUCUGCUACAGUGACUCGGACGCAGUAUUACUGUGCUUUGAUAUCAGCCGUCCAGAGACUGUGGACAGUGCACUCAAGAAGUGGAGGACGGAAAUCCUUGACUAUUGUCCCAGCACCCGUGUCUUGCUUAUUGGUUGCAAGACAGACCUGAGAACAGACCUGAGCACUCUGAUGGAGCUGUCACACCAGAAGCAGGCACCCAUCUCUUAUGAGCAGGGCUGUGCCAUUGCCAAGCAGCUGGGUGCAGAAAUAUACCUGGAAGGCUCGGCUUUCACCUCCGAGAAGAGUAUCCACAGCAUCUUCCGGACGGCGUCCAUGGUGUGUCUGAACAAACCCAGCCCAAUGCCCCCGAAGAGCCCUGUCCGAAGCCUCUCCAAGCGGCUGCUCCACCUCCCCAGCCGUUCUGAACUCAUCUCUUCCACCUUCAAGAAGGAAAAGGCCAAAAGCUGUUCCAUUAUGUGAAGUGGGGGUUGGAGAAGGGAGACAACCUCCCACUUCCUCCCUUGGGUUGCAGAGGCACGGGGAGAGGGAGGAGGAGACAAUUUAGGACUCUGGACAUGAGAUUUUCAGAUGGCCACGGUGAGGGCUCGGAAGGAGACAGGAACGAGACAAGGAAAGAGCCAGGCCCGGCUUGAGGACCUGACACUGAGAAAGAACCAUCACACCCCAAGCCAGGCUCUCGGUGGUGGAGGGGGCGGCUGCCCCAGUGCCCUCUGCUCCAGUGACAGAAAAGGUGUGGGGGUUUGGGGGGCAUGCUGGCCUCACGGCUUUGUUGGGGGCCUACAGGAGCCUCACUUCAGCAUCAUGCCUCUUCCACACAGCGUUUCCAUGCAGGCCAGGGGAUGGGAGGGGUCCCUGAGCCCUUCCCUUCCCCUCUGAGGAGGCUGCAGAGGAGUGGAGAGUGGGGAAGCCAAGAGGCAGCUCCCUUGGGAGCUGAGCCCAGGUGCUUCAUAACUGGUAACUGAAAUCAGAAGGCAGGAGCUGGUCAGAGCCACUGAGAAGGAAACCUCAUCUUUGCAUAGCCCAUGCCUCAUGGAGAGGUGACAUCAUACAUUCGCAUGCUUCUCACCUGAGUCCCCAGGGUCCAAGGGAGAAGCCCCAGACCCCCUUCUCUUGCAGUGUGGGGGUGGUGGUGCUGCAGGAGGCAGGGCUGGGUGGGGGUCACCAGACUUUUUCUGCCCUUAGGGCAGUAUAGCUGGCAUUUGUUUUAUAGACUCUUGUCUUUGGAACUGGGGGGAGGGGGGAGUGUUUCAAUCUGUUAUAUGUUCUGUGUUUAAAGAAGAAAACCUAUUUAUUAAUUAAAUAUAUAAGACAUACAAAGAA